GAAUAAGAUUGAAAACGAAAUAUAUUACGUACAAAAAUUUGCUGAUAACACUGCCGGGCGCCCGGCGCAGUACUAUUUCUACGAUAACCCCCUCAUCGGCAAAUGGCAGUCAUCAAUAUUUGGAUUUUUCCAUUAUUAAUAUCAUUAUAUUCAAUUAUUUGCCUACUAGUUUGCGUUAUUUUGUCGAUUACGUCGAAGCAUUUUCCCGGUCAUUGGCCUUAUUUGAGUGACUUCACCAAAUACAUCCCAGCGAAAAAUGCUUACACUAUUAUGACAAAUCAUAUUUUGCUACUUCUUUCCGUCUGGAUGUACUUAAAAUAUCGAGAACUCAAGUCAUUCUUCCGUCAAGCAAAUAUUUCAAUUAUUUUUAUAAAAGGGAGCAGAGUGAAUCUAUUUAUUGGACUUGCAGCUCUAACCUCUUAUCAGUUAGCCGUCAAUUUUCCAGCCACAAAAAUCAACCACGUGGCUUUGAUCGGAAACAAGCUUGCUCUUUUGCUCGCCAAUCUAUACAUCUGGUUUCAUGCAUUUUUAUCGUUCAAGAUUCGUGACGGAAACGUUCCGAGAUGGAUUCUAUUUUUAAUUAGAAUAUCACUGGCAUUCGUUGUAUUUUCACUGGGAGCAGCUAUGAUCCAAGCAAACUGGGUGCCUGACCCUUCCAAACAAUAUUUGGCAAUCGAUGCAAUCUAUGAAUGGUGCUGCUACUUUGCUUUCUGUGUCUUCCUGCUCACCGAUGCAUACGAAUUCCGUUUUAUGAUGUUCAAGCCGCCGAAGCUCAUCAUCCGAGGGUGUACAGGUUAUAAUGAAAGAGUUUUCGAAUCAUGUGACGUGUCAGAAGAUGAGGACAACACGUUACCACCACUUUCACAGCGAUACGUGAAUUGAUUUUAUUUGUAUUAAAAAAUUCCACAAAGAAAAUCGUUUACCACGUUUUUUGUGAUUUAUUUGUUUUUUGCCACGCGAUCUCCUGUCUGUUUUCGAUGAUAUUAGUUUAUUUCUCAAUAUAAAAUUAUUUUUUAACUA